ACAUCUCACACUGCAACUGUUUUUUCAAAAAGGUGCUGUGUUGAUUUAACUUUUUAUUUGACUAGCACAGAGGAAAGUGAUGAAGUAAUUAUACACAGCUGAACAACAUAAUAUUAUCCAACAGUAAUGACCCACUAACCAAAACAUACAAUACAAGUCUAGGGGGGGGAUACUUUAAUAUUAUUUGUUUCUUGUAAUUGAGGAAAAUCUCUUUUUCACUCUUCAUGAGUUCAUAUUUACUGUAGUUGCAGUGUCAUGGCAAAUAAACAGAAACACAAUGAUAACUGCUGUGUCAAUCUGUCUUUGUGUCUGUUAGAGACAAUCCAGCUACAACCACCACAAAUCCCAUCAUGCCUCUGAGUUCCAACACCACUCGACUGGACAACGCCACACUGUCCCUGUUCCAGAACCAUCUGGCCAGUGCCGCAAUCUCCAUCAUCUACAUACUUGUCACUGUAGUCAACGUGACAGGAAAUGGCCUAUCCAUGUGGCUCCUCCUUUUCCGCACCUCUCCCAAGACUCCGUCCAUCAUCUUCAUGAUCAACCUGACCCUGACAGACCUGUCAUUGGGGACUGCCCUGCCCUUCCAGAUCUUCUAUCAGCUUAAUCAUUAUAACUGGACUCUGAGCCCUGGCCUGUGCAGGUUCCUGACGCUGGGCUUCUUUGCCAACAUGUACUGUUCCAUCCUGACGAUGACGGCCAUUAGUGUGGACCGCUAUCUUGGCAUCGUUCGGCCCAUGCUUUUCCGCCAGAUCCGAAAGAGGAAAUCAGUGGCUGUGAUAGGCUGCAUCUUCAUGUGGGGCGUGGUUCUGUCAGUUCUGUUCCCACUGAUGAAAACGGACCUGACAUUCUACGUUCCAGAACUGGAUAUCACCACCUGCUUUGAUGUGCUGAAGAAGGACAUGCUUCCAUCCAUUAAGGCCUGGGCAGCUUUCCUCUUCUGCAUUGUGGUUAUCCUGUUCCUCAUCCCAUUCAUCGUCACAUCUUUCUGCUACAUUAGCGUGAUUGGGAAACUGGACCGGGACUCCAAAACGGCGCAAAAGGGAAAAGCUAAACGUCUUGCCGUCACUGUCCUCCUGGUCUUCACCAUCUUUUUCGCCCCUAACAACAUUCUUCUACUAGCCCACACAGUUGCCAGGCUCUUCUUUGAUAGUUCCUUCUACAUGGCCUACAAACUUUCUCUGUCUCUCAGCUGUCUCAACAGCUGUGUGGAUCCCUUCAUCUACUACUUUGCAUCUAAGGAGUUCCGUCAGAAGUUGAGACGCAUAUUGAGGUUGAGGAGUCUGAGCAGCGGGGAGACCGGGCGGUCAGAGCCCUACAGGGAGAGCAUGUUGUCAACGCAGUACCCUUCUGGGGGACAGGAAGGAGAGAACAGCAGAGUUUGUUACGUUCACGUAAAGACCUAAACCAGUAGAUGUGAAGAGUGACAGUGAGAGCGAGAGAUGUAAAAUAUUGCAACUCUUGAAUAGGUUAAACUCACCCCUCAAUACCGCCCACCUGCCCCACCAAAUUGCUAGCUAUUCAGUGGUGUGGCUGGCUAAAUUAUGUUUAUGAAAGGUGGUCAUUGCGUGAAUCAGGGGGACCCUAAUUUGAGCCCUGGAGUGGGCAAGUGAGGGACUGACACCAGUUACACAACAUCCCUUGAGGUUGGAGUUUUUGUGAUAAUUUUAUUCAUUUGUAUUUAGUACUGUAUAUUGGCACAUAAUUCAUUAGUGUUUUGAGAAAGAAACAUUGUUAAUAUAUCAAACAUUUAUUAAUAUAUUAAUAAGUGCCAUGAUCUGAUAUUUUAUUGUUCAUUUAUAUUUUAUAAAACAGAAUUUUGUAUAGGCCUAAUUCGUAAAGGUGUAUGGUUGUAUUAUGUAGUUUGUCAAUAAAAUGCACGUUAAACUAUCGGAACAGAGAAUGGGAACCUUUGAAGGCUGUUUCAUCUUCUUUGCUUGAAUUUGGUAUGACUGAAAAUGGCAAAAGUCGAUGGGAACAGCUGCCCGUGAAGCAAGGCCAUAAUCAUAAUAUAUAUCCCACCCAAUAUUCAAAUCUGGUCAAAAUGUUCCCCCCAAUAUAUU